CCUGCCAAGUCAGGCCGGGGCCACGAGGAAGGGGGAAGGGGCCGCGGGAGGCACAUCAGAUGCGGCGGCCGCCGCCGCAGCCACUCCUUUAGACUCUGGACGCGCCGAGACUUGGGGCGCCGUGCCUCCGCGUUAUAAAAGCUCCGGGAAAGGGCCGCCGGCAGCCCGGGAGGCGGGUACCUGCCGGGGAGGCGCCGGGGCCACCGCGCUGCGCCCCCACCUGUUGCGGCUGCCGCGCUGCGCUGCGCUCGGCGGAGAUGGGCCGCUACUCGGGCAAGACGUGCCGGCUGCUCUUCAUGCUCGUGCUCACCGUCGCCUUCUUCGUGGCCGAGCUGGUGUCGGGCUACCUGGGCAACUCCAUCGCGCUGCUCUCCGACUCCUUCAACAUGCUGUCGGACCUGAUCUCGCUGUGCGUGGGCCUGAGCUCCGGCUACAUCGCGCGGCGCCGCACGCGGGGCUCGCGGGCCACCUACGGCUACGCCCGCGCCGAGGUGGUGGGCGCGCUCAGCAACGCCGUCUUCCUCACCGCGCUCUGCUUCACCAUCUUCGUGGAGGCCGUGCUGCGCCUCGCCCGGCCCGAGCGCAUCGACGACGCCGAGCUGGUGCUCAUCGUCGGCGCCCUGGGGCUGGCGGUCAACGUGGUGGGGCUGCUCAUCUUCCAGGACUGCGCCGCCUGGUUCGCCUGCUGCGGCCGCUGCCCGCGCCGCCGCCCGAAGCCUCAGCAGCCGCGGCCGCUGGCGGAGGGCGGCCUCCGGGGCGCGGAGCACGGGCCGCACGCCGCGACCCCGGCAGCCCCGGGCGGGGACUCGGCCGUGACCCUCCGGGGGGCCUCGGGCGAAAGGACGCAGGAGAAGGGGGCGACCGUGUUCUCAAACGUAGCAGAACUUAUACACAACACAAGGUUUCUUCUUUGAAUGCAGGUGAUUCCCUGAACACCCAGAAUGAGCCUGAAGAGAUGAUGAAAAAGGAGAAAAAGUCCGAAGCCCUGAAUAUCAGAGGGGUACUUUUGCACGUGAUGGGAGACGCCCUGGGGUCCGUGGUUGUAGUCAUCACGGCCAUCAUAUUCUAUGUGCUUCCUCUGAACACUGAGGACCCGUGUAACUGGCAGUGCUACAUUGACCCCAGCCUGACUAUUGUCAUGGUCAUCAUCAUUUUGUCAUCCGCCUUCCCACUCAUCAAGGAGACCGCUGCCAUUCUGCUGCAGAUGGUCCCCAAAGGGGUGAACAUGGAAGAGCUGAUGAGUAAACUCUCUGCCGUGUCAGGAAUUAGCAGUGUACAUGAACUGCACGUCUGGGAACUUAUAAGUGGAAAGAUCAUUGCCACCCUGCACAUCAAAUGUCAGAAGGACAGGGGAUACCAGGAUGCCAGCAUAAAAAUCCGAGAAAUCUUCCACAAUGCAGGAAUCCAUAAUGUGACCAUCCAGUUUGAAAACGUGGACUUGGAGGAAGCCCCGGAGCAGAAGGACUUAUUUUUGCUCUGCAGCUCACCUUGUAUCUCCAAGAGCUGUGCUAAACAGCUCUGCUGUCCCCCCGGGGCAUUGCCACUGGCCCACGUCAAUGGCUGUGCUGAACACAAUGGUGGUCCCCCUCUAGAUGCAUACGGAAGUGAUGGCCUCAGUAGAAGAGACACAGCGGAAGUGGCUAUUGAAAUGCCUUUGGAUGGGUGUCUGAGGGACCACGGACCAGCUCUCAAAACUCAGGAGGACCAGUGUUAUGUCAACAGCACGCAUUUUUAAUCUGGUACCCACAUAUCAUCAGACUGUGUAGACAAGGCACUUUGGAACUACCACCUUGGCUUGUGGAAAGAGCUUUGUGGGUUGUAGGCUCUGACCAGACUUGCAGUGUGCAUUCUCUGUGUUCCAUAGGGGUUGGCUGUCUGGGAUUUUGGUUGAACAUGUCUGUUAAUUUGUAUGUAACUGAUAACCCCUUUCCAUUGCCCUGGGAGUCUCAUGCUGCUCUUGGAUAGUUUUGGCUUGAACAUACAUUUUUGUAAAGCCAACUGCACUCGUGUAAAUAUCAGGGACAUUGAAGGCUGGAACUCAAUGAUUGACACAGUAUUCAAAGAAGUUCUUGUCCUUAAACUGAUUAGAACUUCCGACUGACUCUCAAGUGAGCUCGUAGCCUAAAUACAUUGAAAAAAACUGAAGUACCAUAACAGCUAUAUUUUUCCCAUCCCCUCAAAGAUCAUAAAAGUGGAAGAUUAGGUAUUUAUUGCACUGCAGAAAUAUCUUUUUUCUUUGAUUGAUUUUUGAAUAAAUGUAAAAUGCAUACCUAUUAAGGCAGAAAAUGUUCUCAGAACAUUAAAAGAGGGGCAGUUUAGUAGGAAGGGGGCAGGAAAAGAGUGGUUUUGGACCAUCUCUUCAUUUUGUGUGAGAUGAGAGAAAACUAAUGUUUACUUUCUGCUGUGUACUGAACUGUGGCUAUAGGGUGUUUCAAAUGUUUAAAUAUAUAAUACACUUUUUCAUGUCAGGGACUAUUUCUACUUCCUUAAGUAUGACACAAGUACUUGUAGACUGUCUUUUAGAGUCAGUACAGUUGGGACUGUUUUCAUUUCGUGCUUUGAUAAUGACUUACUUAUUUGUCCAAAUUUCCUCUGAGUCUUCUUUCAUGUGAUCACAUUGGUCUAUGCAGCAUUUACUAGAAAAAAAAAAAAGAGUAUUCCUGGGAUAGGAAAAUAUAUGAUGUUGGGGGUUCAUUCCUUCCAAAUAAAUAAGCUAGAUUGCCUUUUCUUUAAUUGGACAUAUUUUAAAGUAUUUAUUAUAGUUGCUAACUAGUAACUUGAUGGAAAAGUUGAUGUCUGAGGGAGAAAUGAGAAUUUCACUGCUGUCUUUAAUGUGUUUCGAGGAACUUAGAAUUUUCUUUUAUGUCUCUGAUCCAUUUUACCAAGUUCAAAUAAAUUUUGUAUAAUCUGAUUCAGACCCAUAACCAGACUAUACUGGUCAUGGAGAGGUGUCUGUCAUGUAUGUAACACAUUGUUUAGGGCAAGCAUUGAAAUCAUAAACGUCUCCUAGGAUGAGAAAAGUGAGAGGUACCUCACUAGAGAGCUAGGAUCUUCGAUAGGUUGCAAGAUCGACUUAAAAUGGUCAUCUCUUAAGCUGUAAGGUCCUAUUUAGAGUCUGCAUAGGAUUUAUCAGAAGUGCUGGGUUGGUAAUGGAAACAGGAUACACGUUUUUCAGCACAAACAUCAUUUUAAAAAUUUGUCUUACAUUUGAAGGCUGAAACAAAUAAGCAGCUAUGAAGUAGGAUAGGAAAUUCUUUUAUUCCUUGAAAUGUUAUCAUCUGAAUUUAAGUUGGCUAUGAAUUAGGUAAAUAGAAAAAUGCCUACAAAUGUUUUUAUCCCUAGAAGUUUACUGGGCUAGAUUAUAUGCACUUUAUAAGCUAAAAAUGGGGCAAAAAAUAAGACAUUUCUAUUUUUAGUAUUAAAAGUGUGGCAUGUACUCACAGAGACCAGAGGAUUCUCUAAGAAUUUGGUGAUAUGUGGCCAAAUUCUCCUCCAUAAACAUUGGUUGAGAUGCCUUAGCUGGAGCCAAAGAAGAAAUUUGUCUCUUACUUCCAAAUUUGAAGGUCCAAUUUGGUUUCACAUAAUUUUGCCUUCAUUAAUAGGGAAAAUUGCAGUUUCACAGUUUUUGUGCAACUGGGCAAAAGGAAUGCAUUAGUUUGCAUUCAUACUUAAAUCUCUAAAGUAUUUUUCUGGAAAGGAAAAGAAACUUAAUUCUAAAAUAUUAAUAACUAACUCUAAUCUCAGAGAAGUAUCUUUCUUGACACUUAGGAACAUACCAAAUUAUGGACUGGAGUCAAUGUGAAAUAACAGUUGCUUAGUUUGGUGUUCCUGUGUGCUUAGGUUAAUUCCCAAAAAAUUCCCUCCUUUUUUUUUUUAGAACCUAAUAUAAUUUUUUUUAAAAGUCUAUGGCAUUCUCUGGGUGUCAGGUGGAGAGGUAGUUGUCCUGUGUGCUAAUCUGGCCUUCUAGAAUGCCCUUCUGUUUCUAUAGAAAGAGUCCUUCCCACAUUAUUUCAGCACCAGUUAUAGGAAGUACUGUGUCUGCUUCCUUUUCCAGCUUCCAAAUUUGUUUUUGAAAACAGAGGUUAAUUUUUUUCAUGAUAUUUGGCCAAUAGGUAUACAUACCCACAGGGCUACCAGAUUCCGUUGUUGACAGAAGAAAAUACUAUCCCUCUAAGUUUUUGAUAAAAUAUCAGUAAAAUAAAGAGACAUUAUUUGAGGAAGAAUUGAAAUUAUUCUUUAUAUUUAGUUACUUUUUUUUUUUUUUUGCCAUUGGCUGAGCAAACCCAUGGUGGUAAAUCGGGAACUCCAAAGUUCAGGAGGGAUGGGUGUUUUGAAUGUCAAGGAAAUCACUAAAGUAGAUUUUGCAUUAUAAUAAAUAAGGCAGCUGCCCUGAGAGGUAGUAAGAGCUUUUGUGGUGCUUACGCCAGGGUUUCUCAAUCAUGGCGUUAUUGACAUUUCAAACUGGAUAAUCCCUGGUGUGUGGGGCUCUCCUGUGUACUGUGGGACAACGGUUGGCAGCGUCCCCAACCUCUCUUCAUAAAUGCCAGUAGCAUCCCCCCAAGUGUGACAACCAAAAAUGUCUCCAGACAUUGCCACACAUCCCCUGGGGAAAAACUUUGCCCCAAGUCUUGAACCACUGGCUAAAAGUAAGGGUAGUUCAGGGACAUUGUUGAUGACAGCCUCUCCAGAGCCCAAGAGUACUUUUAAUAAUCAACUCUGUGGAAUUCACUCUGUAAAAAUAUUUUUUUUUAAGGCUAAAUCAAAUUGUUCAUAAAAAAUCAUAGUUGACUCUACCUAGGAACUUUGGACAUUUAAAGAAAAAAAUGUAAUUGGAAACAAAAAGUCCCUACAAAUCCUAUUAUACAGAUCAGUAAUUGUGACAGUGAAUGAAAUGAAAAAAAAAAAAGCAUUUGCUGUGACUGUUUUGUGCUGAUCUCUUGCAUUUAUGAAUAUCCUCAAUUUGGCGGGCCUACUACUAAAAGAGACUGGAUCAUAUCAGCACAAUUGAUUCUUGGGGUUAAGGUGUUUAAUUCUUCAUACUUAAAAUUAUCAAGUUAAGCUUGAUUUUUUUGUUAUUAGUUUCCCAUAAGCAGCUCAUCUUAGUGCCAAUGACAAGUUCAGAUAUUAAAAAAAACAAGUUUCAUUAUUUAUGGCUAACUUUACCCAUUCCCCAGUUAUAUCCAUUUUCUCCAAGAAGGCAGAAUGCAUUUCCUCAUUUUAAAGUAUUCUACUUUCAUACUCUUGCAGUUAAAGAUUGCAAAAAAAAAAAGCUAGUUUAGGAAAAAUUAGGAAACAUGACCUGAUUUGGAUUUUGAAUUUGGAUUAAUGAUCACUGACUGCAUGCCUAUUUUAUAACUGUCAUUCACCUGAUAUGUUGUCACUUGUUUGUGCUUCUGAGUAUAUUGACCCUCAACUGGCCACAGGUGGGAAUGAGGUUAUUAACAGGAAGACUAAUUUCUCAAAUGGAACUCGCAUGGGACCAUCAUCCUCAACCUAAUCCACAUGUUUUUAUAAAUCUAAAGCUUAGGUAAUGCAGAUGUGUCGUUUUCUGGUGCUUCUCUUUUGUGGUGUUUUAUUCUGGGCAUUUUUGUUUACAAGAAACUUUCUUGAAUGUUUGCUAGAUGAUCAACUGUCACCUAUUAACACAAAGUCAGGCCAGAGACACUGAACCUGCUCUGAAUUCUAAUGAGAAUAAGCCAGAACCAAUGAUUUUUCAAGGGAGCGUGACCCCGUCCUGGAGGUCUGAAGUUAUGUUACAAUAUUGUGUGGAGUUUUGUUGCUUAAAGUUCUUCUGUCCUCAUAGGGAAUUUUGCAAAAGUGUAAUCCUCACUUUGGGGGGACUUGUUAAAACUCUAAAGAUAGGAGUCUAAAUCAAUCAUUACCAAUUGCAUGUGAAUCCCCUAAUAAUGUAUGUACCUAUGUGUACCUUUUAAAGGUGAGAGAUAUUCAAUGGUGCUGUGAAUAAAAUUGUUUUUUAAAAAAAUAAAAACACGACUGAAAUAUGUUUAUGAAAAUU